CAUACGUUGACAGACCGCACAGAUGUUACCUGACUUUUGUCGAAAGUAACCUAUCAAGUAGUUGUGGCCAGAGUGGCUUGUGGAAUUUGUGCUACGAGGCGUCGGACUUAAGAAGAUUCAUCAUGUUUAUCAAACCCUUUAAAAUUAAAAGCAACGUGCAAUUGAAGGGAUCCGAUGGGAAGAAGCUACGCAACAAAAUACAGCGUGAUUUCCCGCAUGUUACUGAUGCUGACCUGAAUACGUUGGUGCCGAAUAAGGCGACGAUAACUUUGGUGAAAUUAAUAGUAUACGCCGGGAGUAAUUGUGUGGUAUAUGCGGUGGAAAAAAGGCCGGUCUUUUUCGAAGAUGAGAAUGAGAAGCUGAUUCCGACGUUGUAUGCAUUGUGGCUGGUGCCUACGCUCGUCCCAUAUUUCACCACACAUCCUGCGGUGCUUCCGAAAUUAGGAAAUGGAGCUGAUCUGAUGCUUCCAGGAGUUAUCAGGCAAGGAACCGGCAUGGCGGCAUAUGGACACUACAAAAAAGACCAACUUGUGGCGGUUAACUUAACAUCAAACCAAUCUGCUGUGGCAAUAGGGCGACUAGUUCGUUCCAGUGAAGAUCUGUACAUGUGUGGGGGCCAUGGUGCAUGCGUUAACAUUCUUCAUGUGUUCGGUGACAAGUUAUGGGGAAUUGAACCCUCCGUAACGCUUCAGAUACCUCAAUGCGAGGCUGUGAUGGAAAUUCCGAAAGAUGAUGAUUUUCCGGCUCUAGGUGCACCCACAAAAAAGAAAGCAGCUAGUAUAGAAGUUCCAAAUAAAGAAAAAGAGGACAACGAACAGGAAAUUAUCAAUAAAACAGAAGAUUUGGAAAUAAGUACAGAACGAAAUGAAGUAAGUGUAGAUGUUGAGGAGCAAGAGCCAUCCACUUCAACUGUGCCAGAAGUCGUUGACAUGGAUUCUGUCCUUAGGAGAGCGUUUUUGACCGCCUUGAAAAUGGAUGGGAAAAAUCUUACAUUACCUCUUCUGACGAGUAAUUUCUACCGGGUUCAUGUUUUACCUGCGGCUGAACAACAAAUCGAUCUCAAACAAACGAGCUACAAGAAAUUUUCAAAAUUUUUGGCGGAGAUGGUUGACAAAGGUUUUUUGGUUGUUCGCGAAGAAAGUAAAGGAGUAGAAAAGAUCUUUUCAAUAGACUUCGAACAUCCCGACUUGGUGAACUUUAUUCCGAACAGCACAUCGGCUGAAAAGGAUGACUCUAAAGCACAGCUUUUCCACGUAGCCAUGACCGAAUUGUAUACAGUCACAGACGAAACAGUUCCAUUCUUCACCAAGUUGAAUUUCAAGAAAGGAGAUGGCAUUGCAAGUACCCAGAUUAAGAAAAUGCUCAAAGAAUACAUAAGCAAAAAUCAGUUGCCCUAUGUAGGGAACAGUAAACAAAUCCGCUUAGAUGUUACACUGAGUGAAAUUUGUAAGCUGGAAGCAGCAAUGUUUGACGAUGUCUAUCACACAGUACUUGCCAAGAUGCAUCACACAUAUGAAAUGCGUGGCAAAAACCAAUUAUCGAGUAACAAACCGCCGAUACAAAUGACAUUGGCAACGCGAUCAGGCAAUAAGAAGGUAACAUUAGUAAGUAAUUUGGAAGCCUAUGGGAUUAUUAUAUCCGAAUUUGCGAAGGCAUGCAAAGUAGGUGCUGCGGCGAGCACGGCAGUAGUGAGAUUACCACAUCAAAAACAGGACCAGCUUCAAGUUCAAGGCAAUCAAAUACGCUUUUUACACAAUUUGUUGACGGAAACGUAUAAAAUUCCCCCGAGACAAAUUCAAGGACUUGAUUUGGCUAAAAAAGAAAAGAAGAAAAAAUAAUUGUGAUGUAUUGGAUUAUGCAACAAAAAUAAAUGAUCGAAGAGCGAAUUGUUUUCGAGUUAA